UUUUCCACGUGUUUGGUAGAAGUAUGAAACCGUGGGAGAGCCCUCCCGAUCGACAGGAGGACACUGAUAGCUGUACGGAAUCUGUGAGGUUUGACGCUCGCUCAAUGACCGCUUUGCUUCCUCCGAAUCCUAAAAAUGGCCCAACUCUUCAAGAGAAAAUGAAGUCUUUCAAAGCUGCACUGAUUGCCCUUUAUCUCCUUGUGUUUGUAGUUCUUGUACCUAUCAUCGGAAUAGUGACAGCUCAACUCCUGAAAUGGGAAAUGAAGAAUUGCACAUUUGGUUCAGUUAAUGCAAAUGAUAUAUCUCCAAGUCUCGCAGGAAAAGGAAAUGACAGUGAAGAUGCAAUAAGAUUUCGAGAAGUCGUUAUGGAACACAUGAGCAACGUGGAGAAGAGAAUCCAAUAUCUUUCAGAUAAUGAAGCCAAUCUCAUAGAUGCCAAGAAUUUCCAAAAUUUCAGUGUAACAACCGAUCAAAGGUUUAAUGACGUUCUUCUCCAGCUAAGUUCCUUACUUUCCUUCAUCCAGGGACAUGGAAAUGUAAUAGGUGAAGUCUCCAAGUCAUUAAUAAGUCUGAACACCACACUGCUUGAUUUGCAGCUCAGUAUUGCAACACUGAAUGCCAAAGUCCAAGAGAAUGCAUUUAAACAACAAGAGGAGAUGAGUAACUUAGAUGAGCGUGUGUACAAUACAUCAGCAAAAAUUAAGUCUUUGGAAGAAAAACAAGUGCAUUUGGAACAGGAAAUAAAAGGAGAAGUGAAACUGUUGAAUAACAUCACCAAUGAUCUCAGGCUGAAGGAUUGGGAACAUUCUCAGACACUGAAAAAUAUCACUUUAAUUCAAGGUCCUCCUGGACCUCCAGGUGAAAAAGGAGAUAGAGGUCCCACUGGAGAAGUUGGUCCACGAGGCAUUCCAGGUCCAGUAGGUCCUCCAGGUCUUAAAGGUGAUCGGGGAUCCAUUGGUUUUCCUGGAAGUCGAGGAUUCCCAGGAUCAGUGGGGAAGACCGGGAGGCCAGGAAAUUCUGGACAAAAAGGCCAGAAGGGGGAAAAAGGGAGUGGAAGCAUGCUAAGACCAGCAUAACUCCCUGAUCGUAUUAGGGCAGGCCCCUUUGAAGAUCAGGUGGGUUGGGCGGGACACCCUGUGCUACCAUCUCACUAAAAGGACCUUCACCUCUGGACAAGUCACAGCACAACUGAUUCCAAGAUCCCUUUGUGGCUCCUCCAAACAACCUUGGUUCCCGAGUGGUGCCCGGCUUCCGCAUGCCUUCCUCUCCUGGUCCUUGGUACUGUUUGGGUCUCUGCUCCCCUGCUCAUACCUCUCCCCACUCCAGCACCCCACCAUCACCACCGUCCUGAGCUGGGACGCCUCCCAUGUACUGACUGGCGGGCUGUUCCUACCUUCCUGAGAGCCAGGCCAGGAGCCCUCUGCCACCCACUCACCUAGUGUCUCCUGAACCCAUCGGGUUCCAGGAGAAAUCUCAUGGAUACCGAUUACAUGUGCAUUCUUUACCCUCAAAAAUACCAGUCUCAACCAGAGAUAGGGAUGCCAUAAAAGAAUCCAUUUGUUCAUUCAGCAUAUGUUUAUUGUGUACCUCCUGGAGCUGGACUUAACAGCUAAUAAGAUAGCUGUUGUCCCUGGACUUCCUGAACUAAUUGUCCCAGAAAGACGUAGACAUGGAAACAGGCAGUUAUGUAAUAGAGCAGAGGUAUAUGGGGGCAAGGAACAGGGCUCCACAGGUGUUCAGAGUAGGUCACGAUGUUUAAAUUCCUUAGAAUUUUAAAAAAGGUAAAUUGACUUUGAUUUGCUUAGUUUACAUUCAUGUCUUCUUAUUCUCCAAUAUAUGGCAUAUUUUUUUUUCAAGUUCUAUAGUGAGGUCAAGUGGAGCUGGGGCAGUUCAUUCAACAUUUUUGAAUCAAAGACCAAAACUUGUUUCCUUAAAAUACCUAGCUGUUUCAAGCAAGACUAUUUUGAUCAUUAAAAAAAAAAAUGCUGAAAUUGUUUUAGUCUAAAAAGCUCUUUUCACCAGCCUGCUGCAUAAAAGCACAUGUAAAAAACAAAGUUCCUAAGUGUGCUAGUUAUGUUAUUGAAUAAAAACUGUAAAAAAAAAUUUUUUUUUAAAACACAACUCAUUGUACUUUAUGCUUUAAAUAUCCAGUAUAGAUCCUGGAGAAAAAGAAAUAUUUCAGUAGAACUGGAGAUAUUUUGUGUAGAUGAAGAAAGGGCUGACAGUGAGAAAGGAGAAAAUGUAAGAAAAGGCAAACUAAAAAAAGGAAAAAUGUGGGAUUCCAUGUUAGUUUUGAAUGUCUCUCUAUUAAUCAACAGAUUGAAUUUUCUCAACUCUCCUUUCCUUCAAGGUUUAACACAUAGUCCCAGGAUUCACAACAUUAAGAUUCUAGUAGAAUUCUCAGUAGUGUCCCUAUAUGUGUCUCCCCACUUCCAUUCAUUCCCCAGUGAAAUGGGCAUCGUAAUGCCUACCUCACUGGAUUGUUGUGAGGGUCACAUAAGAUAUUGUGUGCACGCAUAUGCUCUGUAAUACUAUAAAGUGCUUUACACUCAAAGGCAUAGUUCUCAGUGGUCGUGGUCUCUCUGAACCGGAGCUGCUCUUCCUCGCUGGUAUAAUGCAGACAUUUAAAAUCUGUAAUCAGGACAGGAGUGAGAGCCAAAUGAAAAUGCAAGAAGCUAAAUAAAUGCCAUGGACAAAAAGAAGCGCUGGAGAAUCAGAUAAGAUUUUACAUUAGAUAGAGCAACGCAAGUGUGACCAGAUCACAAAUCAAUGAGUUUGAGCCGAGCAAAAGAGCAUAAGUUAUAAAUAAAAGGAGUGACUGAACAGAGUGCACGCCAGAGGCCAGAAGCUGUCAACAGAGGUCAGAACAAAAUGUCAGGCUAAUAAAACAGGAGUUCCAGGCUCUGAGGAACAAAGUCUGAGCCCAAGACGCUGCUGAUGAAAAAGCUCCGAGAAGUGUUGAAACAAAUUAGAGUUGUCAGUGGUACUCUGGGUCUGUGCUGGCUUGACACCAAAGUCUCCAGGAAAAAAAGGGGCAGAGAGGUAUCAGAUCAUCCUCAGUAGUAGCAAACUGGCAACGAUGACGAGCCAGUUAAAGCAAACAUCUGGAGAUGAGUUGGAUCUCUUUGCCUGUGGUUUAAUUGGAUAGGACUUCCUACCCCAUUCUGUACCGGGGGGCAGGCAGCACCUGGGAGCCCUCUUCUUCUCCAGCAGUACUUGGUCCACACUUGCCACUGAUGGCCCUGAUCCCAGCGACCCUGGGAGACAAUGUCAGGGGAUUCAGUUCACCAGUUAUCUGGCACCCCAGACUGCAAAGGAAUUCUUAAGUGUGUCAAAUACGAACCUGAACUUUCCAAAUUAGGGGAGAAAGGCUUUUUUCUUUAGACAAAAGUAGAGGCUGAAAUGCCCUGUUCAAAUGCACAAAUUACACCAAAUUUAAUAACGUAUAAUAAAGAGAAAACAAGUCUGCCCCAAGUUCUAAAGCUUGUCCUAAUAGUUUGCUGUGUUCUCACCCUAACUUGAGAGUGUAUGUGUUUCAAGCAAACAGAAUUCCGGCCAUACAAUGAAACACUUUGUGUGAGGUUCUGUCCUCAACAUACCAAUUACUAAUGUGUCAUUUGUUAGUGUUUUCUACUGUGCUUUUAACCCAAUAAGACUGUAAUUAGGAUGUGGAUUUAGAGUAAAUGUCUUAUUUUGAAACUCAUACAAUGAUAUGAAAUAGCUGUAUGUCUUUCAUUUGAUUUCGGCUGAGGACUCAGCACAACCUUUAAUGAAUUCUGGUCUUUCUCCAAGCAUUCAGUUGACCAAAGGAAAGGCUUCUCUUCCAACCAUGAAAUAAGUAUAAUAAUGAGCUUUUAGAAAAUAUUUACUCUCCAAUGCAGGGGCUUUAAUGCGUUAUCUCAUCUGAUCUUCAGAAGAGCCUUUGAGGUAAGUCCUAUCAUCAUUCCCAUUUUAUAGAUUAGAAACUGAAGCUUACCACUAAGUGUUAGAACAGAAUCACAAAGCCUGGUGUAUUGAUCUCCAAAGUCCCUAUUUGUAACUGUGACUCCAUUCAACACUCCCACAACUAGCUUUAUAUAUUUUUUAUAUAUAAAUAUCACAAAUAUGUCAUACGGAAGGUGUGGAGAGAGGAAGAAGGAAGGGAGAGAAAGAGAUUUGUAAAGAGCCAUUUGGUUUUCUAGAAUGGGCCUAAUCAUUGAAAGACCUUAAGAUAAGAGUUCUUACAAUCUGAACUCCAUUAGGUCAAAUUCCCAAAAAGCAUUCUCAAUUAAUCUCUGUUAGUUUAUGUUUCUUCCUUCAUAUCCCAUUCCAGCCAUUGCCUCCAGUCUUUUCCCCCAAGUAUAUUAACUCAGAAACAUAGUCUUUCUAGAAUGCUUACGUAGCCUCCAUUAUUGUAUUGAGAAUUACUCAUAUGCACAAGGGCAAGAAGCUACCCACUAAUAUUCUGUCUUUAUUUCCAUAACUGGCUCAAUUUGAACUUUUUUUUUUUCAAUAUAAUGUGGUUGCUUUGAUGUCCUCUUGUUUUAUUGUGUCUCUCGUUUAACCUCUCACUGUCCUUUUCUCAGUAGCCCAGCUGGGCUUCAGCAGAGCAGAGUGUACCUGAGCAGUAAUGUCUCCAGCUGAUUUAGAUAAAUGCUGCUCAUUCUUGACAGUUACGUGGUGUUUCAAGCUUUACAUGAUUCCAUAAAUGGGCGCUAAAAAUGUAUAGUAUUCCAUUAACACAAUACAUGUGUUUCUUUGUAGUAUGUAUAACUAAUAUGUCUUGUAAAUUGAAAUAGAGAUUUAAAUCAGUAGUGAAUCCAGUGGUUAGCACUGGUCCUGUUUAGGAGUUAUCCCAGCUGACUUACAGCCUGACUCUCACCAGAGCUAAUGAGAAGGAAGAAAAAAGAACACAUCAAUACGGUUCCAGCCAGGUCUUCUGCAUUAGCAAAAUUUGAAAUUCCUCCAGUUAUGUGCUGGAGUUCAGAUGGAGUAGAGAGACCCAACACGCCACUUCCCCUGCCUCCACGACCUCGGAGGACCAAAUGGCUUUCUUCUUCAGAGAACCAGGUCCUGGCUUCCUGUUCUGCAGUAAAUGUAGUCUUACGCUAAUACAAAAUUGUUUCUUUUGUUCCAAUUCAAGCACUUACCGAAUAUAGGUUAUAGGUUCUAGCCUUUUUUUUUGGCUGCACCAGGUGACUUGUGGGAUCUUAGUUCCCUGACCAGGGAUUGAACCCGGGCCCUGGGCAGUGAGAGCACGGAGUCCUAACCACUGGACCACCAAAGAAUUCCCAGUUAACAACCUAUCAUUUGCUCCCUUAACCUGGCUUCUCUGGCCAUGCAUUGCCCUACAAUGUGAAUCUCAAGACGAGAUUCCCUAGAACAACACAGUUACUUGCUUGCACAUGAAGUGUCCCAGAAAUAUCUCCCACUGUGGCUUAACCUAGAUCCUGACCCUUUCCUGGGGUACUACAGUUAUUCUUAUCCCCUGCUUCACCUGAAUUGUCACUCAUAUCCUGCUUAAUCCACUGUGAAGUAAGAACUUUAAAGUUAUAAUAGAUUUACUCAAUAUCAUCUGAGGUUUGGUACAGUUUAUUUUGACGCAACACAUUCUCAGUCUUCUAAUUAUUCAGUCGCUGAACUGUGGGUGUGCAGUGUCAUCGUGGUUAACUUUGCUAAGCCACUAAUUUCCAAUGUAACCAAAUGUCUACGACCCAGCUAUUCUGCAGUCCUCACAUCUUGGGGGUCAGUUCUUUAAUAUUGAAAUAAAAUUGUUUGAGCACCAACCUCACAUUCUAAGGCAAUUCCAGUGCCUCUUGCCUGAAGUAGAUUGACGAAAAUACAGAAAAAUUAUAUUCCCCAUGUCUCCUCAUUCAAAUCCCUGCCACGGCUGUGAUAGUGGGUUUAAUAGGGUUUCUAGAAAUUCAUGUGCUCCUGAAACCUCAGGAUGCAACCUUAUUUGGAAGUAGGGUCUUUGCAGGUGUAGUUAGGCUAAGAUGAGGUCAUGUUGGAUUCAAGUGGUCCCUAAAGCUAACAACUGGCGUUUUUAUAAGAAGAGGAGGCCACAGAGACGCGGUGAAAACCUGGAGACAGAGGCAGAGAUUAGAGUGAUUCGGUUACAAGCCAAAGAACACUGAGACUGGCCGGAGUCAUGAGAACCUAAGACAAGGCAAGGAAGGAUUUCUCCCCAGAGCCUUCAAAGAGAAAACAGCCCUGUGGACAUCUUGAUUUCAGACUUCUGCCCUCCAGAACUGUGAGAAUAAAUUUCUGUUGUUUUAAGCUGCACAAAUUGUGACCAUUUAAUAUCGUAGCCCUAGGAAACUCACAUGCCUAUGCAUCUGUGGUCGCUCCGUUUCCCCCAUGUCACUCAUUCCAACAGUGAGCGCCACACCUCGCCCUUCGUUUGAGGAUGUUCCCUAGCUCCACCUGGGGAUCUAAGAGAAUUUUACUGAAGACUGAUUCAUAACAGGAAAAUGUGAGCAGAAGAGUCUACAACUUUCAAGUUGAACCUUAGAGUUUACUGUGUCGAAAUUCCUGGCUAGAUUAGACUCCAAAUUUUCCUCACUGGCCGCUCUCCGCAGUCUCUCCCCUGCCAUCAAAAUACCUUGCAUACCCCUGCUCCACUGAAAUCUUCUCCCUCUGGUUUCUCCUCUUUACCCUGUUUGGGGACUUCCAAAAUACUUGUUUUCUUUGACUUCUGGAGUAAGAUUCAAAAUCUGUUAAAUUAUUUUUCCAAGAAAUUCAACCUAUUUCUCCAAACAUCUGAUAUCCAGUGUAAAAAAAAAAAAAAAAAAAUCAGUCAAUCUAAGAAAGAAAUGGAAAAUUUUAUUCGGGCCAAAUUUGAGGAUUAUAACUCAGCAAGAGCAUCUCAGGUCUGAGAACUCUUCCGCCCAUUAGAAGUCAAGGCACAGUUAUAUAAGUUUUUUGAGACAGAGGGCUGUACAUCAAAUGAUGUAUUAUUGACAGUUUACAUGAUCCAGAUCUAAGGGUCAUCGUGGUAAGUCAUGUGAUCCCGUACAAGAUCAAGAAGGAAUGUUAUCUUUGAAGGAGUUGUCUUGCUAAUGCUAGGAGAAUGUUGUUCUUUAUGGUUGAGCAGGUAUUUCUGCUGAUGGGGGAGGUCUGGUCGAUGCAUAAGGCAGAUACACGAUGCACAGUAGAAGGGAGAGUGGAAUCCAAAGGGCAGAGAAAAUUUUUUUAUGUUUAA